AUGGAUCGAGACUGGGUAAAUGCAGAUCGAUUAUCUGAAGAGUAUAAGAAAGGGGUAGAAGAGUUUUGUGCUCAUGCAACUAAGAAUGCCAAAAAUUCGAUGUUCAUUAAUUGUCCGUGUCGAAAAUGUCUAAAUGUCAAAGAGGUUAGGGGUCAAAUGGAGUUGCGUGAGCAUUUAAUGUUUCACGGUAUUGACAGAACAUAUAAGGUUUGGACAUAUCAUGGUGAGAGCAAAGGUAAAUGUAGCUCAAGUGGCAAAGGUAAAUAUAGUUCAUCAACUCAACUAGGCUCGCAAUUUGAGUUUUCAAAUAUAAUGAACACAAGUAGUAUGGGAGCUGGUGAUGAUAAAUCUAGUGGGAUGAAUAAUUUCACAAGUGUUGUCAAUGAAGAGUUGCAGGAUCAUCCUGAUAUGUCUGAUGACUUAAGGGGGGAUGCUGGGCUACCAUUGUGGUCGGGUUGUACCAAAGCUUCAAAGUCGUCGGCUGUUUUGAUCUUGUACAACUUAAAAGCUAGUCACCAAGUUUCUGAUGUGUUCUUCACAGAGUUGUUAGAAGCCGUAAGUGGACUCUUGCCAGAUGGGAAUGUGCUCCCUCGUAGAGCAUAUGAUGCUAAGCAAUUGCUCAAAUCUAUCGGGUUAACACAUGAAAAGAUCCAUGCUUGUCCGGAUGAUUGUAUUUUAUUUAGGAAAGAGUAUGCAGAAUUGAGUGAAUGUCCCAAGUGUAGUAAGAAGCGAUAUAAGAAAAACAACUCCCCAGCCAAAGUUAUGUGGUACUUUCCUAUAAUUCCUAGAUUUAGGAGGUUGUAUAGUAGCACAGAAGAUGCUAAAUACUUGACAUGGCAUGAUGAUGAAAGAAUUAAAGAUGGAAUGUUAAGACACCCAGCUGAUUCACCCCAGUGGAAGACAUUUGAUAAUAAAUAUCCAGAAUUUGGUAAGGAAUCAAGAAACUUGCGCUUAGUACUUUCAACAGAUGGAAUGAAUCCUCAUGGUCUUCAAAGUACUUCCCAUAGUACAUGGCCCGUGAUUUUGAUGAUCUAUAACCUGGCCCCUUGGUUAUGCAUGAAGCGCAAGUAUAUGAUGCUGUCUAUUUUGAUAUCAGGACCUCGGCAACCUGGUAACGACAUUGAUGUAUAUUUGGCUCCUUUAAUCGAGGACUUAAAGUUGUUGUGGGAAGAGGGUGUUGAUGUAUACGAUGCGUACAGAAAGGAUAAUUUCAGAUUGAAGGCUAUGUUGUUUGGAACAAUCAAUGAUUUCCCAGCUUAUGGCAACCUUUCUGGAUAUAGUGUGAAGGGGUGUUGUGCGUGUCCAUGGUGUACCAAUGACACUGAUCAUCUUCGAUUGCGUCAUUGUAAGAAGUCGGUUUACAUGGGGCAUAGACGGUGGUUGGAUCCAAGUCAUCCAUACAGAUCUAUGUGUGAGGCAUUCAAUGGUGAAGUUGAAGAUCGGUCUCCACCUCCUACAUUGUCAGGUCUUGAUGUGCUAAAAGAAGUGGAGAACCUUAAGACACAGUUUGGUAAAAAGUUUUUAAAGUCUAUUCCCACUAGAGGUUUUAAGAAAGAAUCAAUCUUUUUUCAAUUAGUUUACUGGAAGGACUUGUUUGUUAGGCAUUUUAUUGAUCUCAUGCACAAUGAGAAAAACGUUGCUGCUAGUGUGAUAAAUACUUUGUUAGGUGACACUUUAAAAUCUAAAGAUGGACUGAAUGCACGAAAGGACAUGGUUGCUAUGAAUAUAAGAGAAGAACUUGCACCUGUAUCAAAGGAGGGGAAAGCACCAUACUUACCUCAUGCCGCUCAUACUUUGUUGAAGGAAGAGAAGAUUGUGUUACUCAAUACACUCCACUCCGUGAAGGUUCCAGAGGGGUACUCGUCCAACAUACAAAGUCUUGUAACUUUAGAUGGGUUGAAACUGAUGAAUUUAAAAUCUCAUGAUUAUCAUGUCAUCAUUGAGAAUCUGCUCCCGAUUGCAAUUCGUGCUAUUCUGCCAGAAAAUGUACGUAACACUAUCACAAAGUUAUGUUGGUUUUUCAAAGCCAUGAGUAGCAAGGUGAUAGAUCCAAGAAGCUUGUCAAGUUUACAAAAGGUGAUUAUACAAACACUUUGUGAGCUUGAGAUGUAUUUCCCACCAUCUUUCUUUGACAUCAUGAUUCAUUUGACUGUACACUUGGUUUACGAGACGAGGAUGUGUGGUCCUGCUCGUAUGAGAUGGAUGUAUGGCAUGGAGCGAUAUAUGAAAGUGUUGAAAGGUUAUUAUGUGAGGAACAGGUACCGACCGGAAGCUUGCAUCGCUAAAACAUAUCUAGUUGAAGAAGCAAUUGAAUACUGGUCUGAAUAUAUCCCAAAUGUCGAAGCUAUUGGACUUCCACAUACUCGUCACACUGAUAGGAUUGACGGUGAAGGUGUAACAGGUGGUCAACAUUGGACUUCCACAUACUCGUCACACUGA